AUGAAAAUAAGGCUCAACUAUCCUGAUUUAACGGAAGUUGAAGUUCGACUCAGUGAGAGACGGAAGAGAAAGGUUUCAUCCCUGCUUAAACGACUGCCCCCUGACUCGGUUAUAAAACGCUGGGGAAAGACGAUAGCGAGUGAAUGCUUGAUAAGCAAGGCUUUCACCGAUGGCGCUAUUGUUGAAGUGGUCCGCAAGUCUAGGAUUCGCACACGAAGGCUUUGGAAUGGCGUCAAAAGAUCAACUGAGCAAUGCAUGAUCACCCUGGCCCGGGAUGAACCAAGAGCUCAAAUGCCAUGUGGACACGCCAUCACACCUCAGGCACUGUACGACUAUUGCUGGCAUGAGCUGGAGAAAGGAAGUUCUGCAAUCACUUGCCCAUACGUCACAACCAUCAAGGGAGACAAAUGUGGGUCCAAAUGGGAUUCCUACACCGUCCAAUUAUCUGCUGCUAUGUCCAAAACAGAAAAGAAAUCAUUUCAAACCAAGCUCGACAAAAAUAGGAUCAAACAACAGGAAAUAGAAUCUACAAACGUAUAUCCGGAUGACAUCAUGAUUUCGCUCCUCCAUAAGUCACCAAAACUACGUGGAUGUUCGACAGCUCUUAUGCGCCGGGCAUGUCCUAAAUGCUGGAGUGUUAUUGAACAUGUGGCCGGGUGUCUAACCAUGACUUGUCAGUACCCAUCAUGUCAGUACCGGUUUUGUUUUCGAUGUCUUGGUAAUUAUGUAUCGGGAAUAGAUCAUAAUAGAUGCCAUCAAGCACCUUUACAAUUUUCUACCGAUGAGUAA